UCCUCUUUCCCAUUAUCGUAUAUAUCGUACUUCGUUUGCGUUCCACCAUUUUUCCUUCCAACUCGCCGGCACUUGAGGAAAAUUUUCGACGAAUUUUUUGUGGGUUUUCAGUGAAAUCCAACUCACACGUCUCCAAUUUUGUGAUUCUCGCAGCGUCUGAUCACCAUCAGUGGAAAGCAGAUUUGCAAUUUCCCUGAGGACCCGUACGUUUCCAGCUUUUUGACUGACAGAUAGUAGCAGUCAUUGCAGCCCUCCAAACUCAAUUAACAGCUUUUAACAUGGUUGAAGGCGAUCAGACUAUUGAUGCAGCAAAAUCCCCCCAAAACCCGAAAGGCUCUCGCAACAAAGAGGCUGUCUCAAAGAAACUGAUGCGCGAUGGAGAAGUUACUACGAUGAAUGAUACAAAUCCGGAAGCUCCGAUGGAAGUCGAUGAAACUGCUAACAAGAUUGACGGAAACAAAACCGGUCCAAAGCGGUUCACUAGGCACAAGAAGGAGAAGCCUCAAGAGCCUCUAAAUCUAGAAGAAGCAGCCAAGAAGGAGCUCAUGAUUCACCCAUCGAAGACCCCCGUCUCAAUCUUGCAAGAAGUAUUGACCCGCCGUGGGACCCAGCCGAAGUAUGAGCUUGUCCAGAUUGAAGGAGCUAUCCAUGAACCAACGUUCAGAUACAGGGUUACUGUCGGGAACAUUGUAUCCAUGGGCACAGGGCGUUCCAAAAAGGAAGCCAAGCAUGUCGCCGCUCGGACUCUGCUUGAAAAGUUAGUCGGUAACACUGAAGGCCUGAUCAAAACGCCCAUUCCUACGCCCAUGCCUGGUGAUGCCAGAAAUCCAGAUCUCAAUCCAAACCCAAUUGGUCAGCUCCAAGAACUUUGCAUGGCUCGUAGAUGGCCACCCCCAACCUACACCACUGAGACCGAGGAGGGAUUACCACAUGAAAGAUUAUUCACAGUUGUUUGCACCAUCUUCAAACAAAAAGAAACAGGUGUUGGAAAAUCCAAGAAACUUGCCAAACGUGAAGCAGCCUCAAAGAUGUGGCACAAAAUGAAGGAUCUCCCGAUGGAAACAUCUGAGUUACCAUCUGGCCUGGACGAUGAUGAUGAGCUGAUUCAGAGACUGUCCCGUUUGGUCACUGAGUUUGAUGAAAUCAAGAACAGUAAAGUAAAAACAUUGAACUCUGAAUACAGCCACAAGAUCUCUAAGUUCCAUCGUAACCUAAAAUUGUCAAGUGGAGAGAAGUUGGUGCAACUCCAGGAUACAUCCCUUGUGAAAUCCAACUUGGACUUCUUCGCUUUUCUUCAAGAAAUCGCUGUUGAACAGAAGUUUGAAGUGACCUAUGUGGAUAUUGAAGAGAAAUCUAUCAGUGGUAAAUAUCAGUGCUUGGUGCAGCUCGCAACCCUUCCUGUUGCUGUCUGCCACGGAACCGGUUUGACUUCAAAGGCUGCUCAGAUUGCCGCUGCCCGCAAUGCUCUUGAGUACCUGAAAAUCAUGACCAAGGGCUAAAUCACGAAAAGGGUUCUGUGUUAGUUUCUUUGAAAUUAUUGGUUUCAAUAUUUUCAUCAAUUUUUGUUUGAUCUUUAUAUUUCUUUUUUUUUUUGUGAGGGUUCUCUGUAUUAUUCAUGCUUCUUUUUCUCCACCCGGUGUAUUAUCGUAAAUUAUUCCACAGCUGGAUUUUUUCGAAUAUUCCUCACUCGUGAGGACACUAUUCUUGUAUUUCAAUUUAGGAAUUUAGUUCUAAUCACAUAUUUCUAUUAUUCAUUGGUUCCAUACAAUUUAGCUAAGCCCCAAUGAUAUUGGUUGAUUUUCUGUAGGAGCUAUUUGAAUAUUUUUGCCAAUAAUUUUAUAGAAUAUUCAACAUGGGAUAAUGGUAUUAGUGUUAAAGAUUAUGAACACAAUGUUUUACUGCUCUUUCGCAGAGCUCCUUUUUUUUUCAUUUUUUCAUUUCUUUCUGAAGAAAUCGCGUGUUGGGUUUCCCAAUGCUGAAGUUUUCCGUCUAGCGCUCAUUGUUUCAUUUAAUGACAGAUCUACUAGGGAUUUAAAUUAAAAUGGAAGGCUCAGACUUUUAUUUUAUUGUACCAGUGACUUUUAUGUUAUUCUUUGAAACUAAAUACUUUUGACUUUUGUCGUUUGCCUUCUUAGAAGAUAGGUAGGUGCUGAGGCAGUAUCUCUCAAAGAGAUGUUGCCGAACCUGGUUUGUCAAAUUAUGGUCCGUCUCCUCUGGUCUGUGUGCUUUGUUUAGUGGUGCAGUUCUGUAACAUACCUCCUUGUAGAUUUUCUCUUUCCUGCCCUUCCUUAUUGAGAGGUGGAAACUAAAAAAAACUUGAUCAGAAACUUUCCAUGAUUGCUAUCAAAUGAAGAGAAACGCUCAUCACAACCUGUGUAACUUUCUGUUUUUCCAGAGAAAAUCUUUCUGUUAAAAUUUUGCUUUAGUAUCAAUGGAAUAACUAAUUCCAUUUACCUUUUCGAAAAAUUCUUUCCAAGUGCAUCACGUAAAGUGCAUCACCACUCUAUUAUCCCCAUUUGUUUAUUUCAAAGUCUCAUAAUCAUUUAGAGAAAUAAUAGGUUCUGUUUCAUAAAAUAUAUGCUCUUUUAGAGCUUGCUAAUUUUAUGUACUGUAUAAGGAAGAAUUCUUCAUCAUAGAUUUCUAUCAAAUCUUAUCCCUGUCCGAUUAUGGAUUUUUGUUUGCCGAGGAAAUUACGUAAAUGCGUUUUCACAGAAGAGUUCCUCUGUUUCCAUGAGAAGUAUAUUUUGUAUUAUUUUUGUCUCAACUUUCUUUAGUUCUUGUCCAGUAUCUUUUGUUAGCCGCAAGUUUUUGUCCCGUAUUUUGGAAUCAUUUACUAUGGAAAGCCACUGUACCUUGUUUCAAAAAAGAAACCAUAGCAUGACAAGCCAAAAGUCAAAAUGGAUUUUUAUACGUAUAUAGGUAGUCCAAUUUUUUCAUGUGCAUGUUAUUGAAGAUCUCUGACGGAAAAAGUCUCUGUUGUUAGGUGUCAUUUUUUGAACAAGUUGUACUUUGCACGGUUGAAACGCGUCAAUUCUAAAGAAAUCUUGUGUCUGUCAUGAUGUUGCAUGUACUAAGCUACACUAAUUUAAGUGUUUACUUCAGUGCAAAGUGCAGAGGUUGUUCUCUCUUUUUCUUUGUAGAACGUUUGCAGUAUAAAUCGAUAAAUAAGUUACAUUUCAUCACUGAAACUAUUGCGUUGAAAAGACGCUUAUACAUAAUUAAUUUAAGCCGUACAAUUUUAAGUAAGUUUUCUUUCCUCUUCAAAGUUCGCUUUCCUUUUUAAUCUAGCUUAACUUCUUUGGUUUGUGAAAAAAAACCAGUAAAUUGCUUCUCAUAUGGAAUAUACUUUUUGAAUCGAGCAAUCGGUAUUGAUUUGGUCUUUUUUAAUUUCAGCAGUUAAUUCUUCAAUUCAAUUUUGUUUAUGUUCUCAUUUUUAUGUUUUGAAUUUGCAUUUCUACCUUAGUCAUGAAUAAGAAAGUAUUAUUUAAUCCUGAUCAGAUAAAUCAAGACCACUACCCUUCGAAAUUUUCACAUAGAAUGUUACUGUAUCUUUAUAAUGUGUGUGUGAAUUUAUCCAUUUAUAUUGUUCAUGUUCUAAAUUAAGUUUUUUUUUUUUUUUUUUUUUUUUUUUUUUUUUUAUUAGAGGUAAAAUUGAUAUUGAUGCUAAGCUUAGUGUUAGGCUCUCAUGAUGUCAAAAAACAAUUUUCUUUGCCGUAUCUCCAUCAUCAUUAUAAAUACAAUGGCAAUGAUCUUGUGUGUCUUGCUUCUUUGGAACAGCGGUAGCGAUGUCACACUUUCUUCAUUGUAUUUUGUAUUUCUAUUAGUGCAAGUUUUUGGGAGAAUAAACACUUGUAUUCACUUCUA